CUAUUUUUGUGGAAUUUAAUAAUUGUAGUAUAAACUACUACAAAAUAAUUUAUUAUUUAAUUAGUAGUAUUAUUAACAGUAUUUUUUCUGUUAUCUUUAUAUUAAAUAAUGGACGAAGAUAAAUUUGCUUUAGUUGAAAAAAUAAUUGUAGACAUCGAAAAUGUUAUGAUGAAAAAUGCUGAGUUAUGUGCAUUUGAUAUUGUUCCUGUGGAGACCAAUUUUCAAAAUAAAUCGCCAGUCCUUUAUUUGGAAAAUUGUCUCGGAUUGGAGUCAUGGUGUGUGAAACAUGUAUACAUGUAUUGUUACUCUCAAAUUAUGGAUAAAUAUUUUGCGAAACCAAAACGUAAAGCCUUAAAAGUGUCUGCAGCGAAUGCAGAUAGGCUAGUAAGUUUAAUAAAUGUAACAUUACUACUGAAUCCUGAAUUGAACUCUUUAUGGAACAAAAGACGGGAGUUGGUACUGAAGGCGUUUCUGGAAAAGUCUUCAGAAUUGCAGUUUACUAAAUUAGUACUGUCAAGAAAACCAAAAUGCAGCGAUGCUUUUGCCUAUAGAAGGUGGUUUUUGGAUUUAAUAUUUACAGAUGAAAGUAUGCAUAAUGAUGACAUACAAAAUCUUGUGGAUGAAGAGUUACAUGUAUGUGAAUUAACAUCAGAUAGCAGCCCUAACAAUUAUCACAGUUGGAAUCACCGUAUGUGGUUUUUAAAUAAACUCAAAACUGUAAAACAGUUUGAUAUUAAUUUAAAAUAUAUUGAAGAAUAUGAAUUCUCUGAGAAAUGGAUGUCUAAACAUAUAUCAGAUUAUACUUGUUUUCAUUAUAGACAAUUUUGCAUAAAGAAUAUAUUUUGUAUUGAUAACAGCAGUUGGUGCAAAUUCAGUAAUAUUGUGGGUAUUAAUUUUAGAAAGAGUUUAGUUGAAAUAGUAGCUUCAAAUAUCCCACAAGAUGUUACAAUUCAAGCAUCACAAGAGGAUUUAUUGUCAUAUACUGAAGACAAUCUAGUGGAUAUGUUGUUGUGUGGUUCUUUUAAGAACUGUAAUUGUAUAGUUGACAAUGUUUUAAUAUGCAGGAAAUUAGAAAUUCUCUUUCAUGAACUUUUUAUUACUAACGAGUUAAUGAUAUUUUAUAAAUAUCAUGAAACAUUGUGGUAUCAUAGACGUUUCGUAAUUCAUGAAAUAAUCGCCAUUAUGUAUGAGUAUUUUGGUGUAGUUCGACAAAAUAGCGCUCUAGUCAAGAAGAGUUGUAAGAAAUGUAAUAGUGAUGACUUAAGAGAGAAACAGCCAAAAAUUGUGAGAUAUGACAGCAAUCGCAUUUAUUUUAGUGUCCUAUUUAAUGUGUUGAUAUGCCAUGAAAAGAAAUUCAGUGAAGAGAGAAAAAUCGAUGGUGAUAAUUAUGCAGACAGGCAUGUCAAGUAUAUGAAAUUUGUGGAAGGGCUUAAUAAUGUGAUGUAAUAAGAUUGUUCAUGGUUUUAGAAUGUCUUGGCA